CGCAUUGCCGCGUUAUAAAACGACAUAGUUUCGCAUUGAGGGAACCCCUGCUCAUGUGUUGUGGACCGUUCCUCCGUUCCUCCUCAUCCAGGCGAGGUGAGAAAGGCGCACAACGCCAGACGGACCAGAGUGGGUUAGUGUGGAUACACAGCGGAGCGCACGGCUGAGGACUCUGUACAGCGCAACUCCAGCACAAAUGGAUAUUUACGUGGCUUUGUUAUCCUUUUUCUUUUUUACCAAACCAGCUUUGGCUUUCGGGUCAGAUCAAGAAUACCAGAUUGAUAUCAUCAAUGAACUUGACCUGGCAAAUGCCACCUAUGGAAUUACCCAAGUGGCGGGGCUUCACAACAGCAGCAAAGCCUUCCUUUUUCGAGAUGUUGGGAGAGCGAUUCAUGCCCCGGCACACAUCACAGAAAAAGUGGUGCAGCUGUUCAGGAGUAAAAGUGAGUUUACCUUCUUGGCCUCCAUCCAGCAGAAGUCCUCCACAUCAGGAGUCAUAUUCUCCAUCCACGAGUCAGAACACAGUUACUUUGAGCUGGAGAGCAGUGGGGUGAGAGAGGAGAUCCGUUACCACUACCGCUUCAAAGGCAAGCCACGGUCUGAGUCCUUCCCUUACCGCCUCGCCGACGGACAGUGGCACAAAAUCGCUCUCACUAUCAGCGCCUCCCACCUUCUGCUGCAUGUCGACUGUAACAGGAUUUAUGAGCGGGUGAUAGACCCUCCUCAGAUGGAGCUCACCCCAGGCAGUGGAGUCUGGCUGGGCCAGCACAGCCACAAGCACGGCCUGUUCAAGGGCGUCAUCCAGGAUGUGAAGUUGAUUUUUGCUCCCAAUGGCUACAUCACUCAGUGUCCUAACCUUAACCGCACCUGUCCGACCUGCAGCGAUUUCCUGAGCCUGGUGCAAGGCAUCAUGGACCUUCAGGAGCUACUUGCCAAGAUGACCCUGAAGUUGAACUACGCUGAGUCCAGGCUGACCCAGCUGGAGGGCUGUCACUGCGAGAGGACCUGCAGCGCCAACGGUCUGGUCUACAGGGAUAAGGAGCUGUGGGUGGAGCCGGAGAACUGCAGGAACUGUGCAUGUAAGAAUGGUGUGGUGGAGUGUCGCAGGAUUUUUUGUCCUCCGGCAAACUGCUCAGAGGAUUCACUGCCUGUACACAUUGACGGGACCUGCUGCAAGAAAUGCAGACCGAAAUGUACUUACAUGGGCCAGACCUUUUCUGAAGGCCAGCGCUUUUUAUCCAGGAGCUGCAGGGAAUGCAAGAAUGGCCUGAUGGUGAAAGUCACAGAAACUUGUCCGGAGCUCAACUGCACCGUCAGUGAACAGAUCUUACCAGAUGGCAGAUGCUGCAAUGUUUGCAAAGGAUAUGACUUCUGCGCAGAGGGGCUCAUUUGUGGAGAAAACUCUGAGUGUAAAAACCGGAAUACCAAAGCAGAGUGUGAAUGCAAGAGCGGCUAUGCCUCCAUCCAUGGGGAUUCUACUUACUGUGAAGAUAUUGAUGAGUGUGCGACCCAGAUGCAUUACUGCCAGUCCAACACAGUGUGUGUCAACCUGCCCGGCAGCCAUCGCUGUGACUGUCUGCCAGGCUUCAUCAGGGUGGAUGAAUACUCCUGCACCGAGCAUGACGAGUGCGCCAGUGGCCAAAAUUCAUGUGAUGAGAACGCCAUCUGCACCAACACCAUCAGAGGACACCUGUGUACCUGCAAGCCAGGCUACGUGGGCAACGGCACCAUCUGCAGAGCCUUCUGUGAGGAGGGGUGCAGGAGCGGAGGGACGUGUGUAUCUCCCAACACGUGUGUCUGUCCUUCAGGUUUUACGGGACGCCACUGUGAGACAGAUAUCGAUGAGUGCGCAGAGGUCCUGAUUGAGUGCCACAACCACUCCCGCUGUGUCAACCUGCCCGGCUGGUACCACUGUGAAUGCAGAAGUGGUUUCCAUGACAAUGGCUCCUACCUGCUCGAUGGGAGCUCCUGCAUUGACAUCGAUGAGUGCAGUUUGCAGACACACACCUGCUGGAAUGACAGCGUGUGCGUGAACCUCCCGGGAGGCUACGACUGCGUGUGUACGUCCGGUCCGGGCUGCAGCGGCGACUGCCCACAGGAAGAGGGAAUCAGACGUAAUGGAGAAGACUGGAAACCCAGCUUUGACCGCUGUGCUAUAUGCUCCUGCAAGGACGGCCAGACAUACUGCAGGAGGAGACCCUGUGACUGUGAAGACACAGAGGAAGAUCUGUUUUGCUGUCCCGGCUGUGACAACAGGCCCAGCAGCCAGUGUCUGGACCAGAGUGGACGCACGCUCUACCGCAGCGGAGCAUCCUGGCUGUAUGGCUGCCAGCAGUGCCGCUGCAUGGAGGGGGAGGUGGAUUGCUGGCCUCUGGUUUGUCCCGUGUUGAUGUGCGAAUACACGGCAGUAGCGGAGGGCGAGUGCUGCCCGCGCUGUGUCACAGACCCGUGCCUGGCCGACAACCUUUCCUACGACAUCCGGCAGACAUGCCAGGAUCCCGCAGGCACCGCCCGCCUCAGUGGAGACACAUGGCAUAUGCCCAACUCCCCCUGCACCACCUGCAAGUGUAAGAAUGGAAACGUUUGCUGUUCGGUGGAUCUUGACUGCCUUCAGAACAACUAAAGCUCUCCUCAUCCUCCUUUUCACACCUCCUCUCCUCCUUUCACUGCGGGACUGCCACGCCCCCUCCUCCAUCUGAUGAUUCUCCCCUUGGAUUCAUAAGACAGACUCUCGCACACACAUGUGCAUGCCAGCGUGUGCACAGAAAAUACUAACACACACUGGACAGACUGGGGCUGUUGAGGCUGUGCUUUUUAUGCCGCAACUCUGUCGACAAACAGUGAGUGUGUGUGUGGGACUCAGGAGGAGACUGAGGCCAUAGUCGCUCUCACCACAGUCACUGUGUUGUGUAACUGUCUUAGUGUCGUUUCCAUUUCACUACAUGUCUUGAGGAAACCUGUUUAGCAUUACUUUUUGAACCCCAAGCCAGCGACAAGCAGCCGAGUGUCACAAGCUGUCAUGAAGAAAAGGAUUCAGUGCUCCAGCUGUCACUGUUGCCUAAAUGUAGGUUCACUAUUGCUUGGUCACCAUGGAAGUUUUUUUCAUGAAACAUUUAUCAUAACAGUAACUGUUUAUGCUCUGUGAAGCAAUAGCAUCAUAAAACUGGAAGUAGUUUGAUGUAGAAAGAACACUUUUUUAAGACUCUACUGAAACAAAGCCAUUACCCUAAUUAUCGGGGUGUCCCAAUUUGUCUCUCUUCCAAAUCAACUCAUAAUAUGUGUCUACACAGUGUCCCGAUAAAUCUGGUAUAUCAUCAACCUAAGUCUUAAACAGCUGUGUACUACAUUCCUCUCCGACCAAUACGAAAAUCAGAAAACUCAAACAAAGCCACUACAGGAAGUGGAAUAUAAUUUUUCUAUUGACCUUAACCCUAGGUUUAAAUUAGGUUCAUGGUUCUUUGGCUUGAACAUGCAAUUCCUGAUCUAGGAUGCAUAAUAUUUCUUUACAUACAAUAUAAAUAUUUUAUUAUGACACAUUCCUCAUAUUCCUGUAUAUAUGCAAAACAGCUCUUUCCUGCUCCCAAUUAAGGAGCUUGUAUCUGUGACGUCCACAUUUCUAGAUACGUCUAAUACAACAAGCCAACGAGGCUAGUUUAUGCUGGUCAGCUGUUUAAUGGAGUAUUUCAAUAAUCCUCCUCAACUCAUAGUCAGGAAAUAUUAAAUAUUUAUUGCCCUGUUUGCCAGAUUUCCAUCAUGAUUUGAAGUGAAACAUCACAACUUAAACUGCAAACUCGGACAUUGUCAUUCUUUUUACCCUUUGUUAGCCAUGUGAAGGUGUCAUUUUGGUGGAGAAUUUGGAAAUGAUUGGCUUUGGAGUAGUAGUUCUUACUGAUGUGUUUUGGCCUGUUCAUAAAGAAGUUGUUGUCAUUGUUACAAGUGCUAAUGGAGCAUUGAUUUUUGACAAGGAACGCAUGAACGCACCGUUAUUUUUGCUAUCUGUGAAGGUUAGACCAUGUCAUUUAGGAAAGGAGGUCCAGACUCAAGGUGUCAAUGUGCUUAAAAUGAAAUCAAACAAUGUCUGAAACCACACCUUUCCAGCAAUUUCUGUAACUUGAUGAAACCUAUAAUCCAACAAGUCCACCCUCUUCAUGCAGCGAUAGAAAUAUACAGGGUUUGAACAUCUUUCUCAAGCUCUUUUUUCAUUCUUCACACAAUUACUUCUGUCCCUUUUUGUCUGUACAACUGAGUGCGACACUAUGAAUACCUUCUAGGGAAGACUGUCCAAAAGUGUACCCAUUGGUAUGAUUGAUUGCGUCUUGCUCCUCUCUAACAUGGCAGGCUUUAGAACAACUAUAAACACUUUUGCUGUUAUUGACAGACAACACUUUUUAGAAGCUACUUCAUUUUAAGCAUACCCCAGCCUUCAGCCCUCAUGUCCUUUGAGAGACCCACCAUCAUGACCAGCAUCAUUCAGAGGAUCCAGCCUCUCAAUUUGGGACAUACUGUAGCUGUUGUCUGUCCUGCUGAGCCAUUAACACUUCUGUCUCCAACACUUUCCCUCAGAAUCAAUGUCUCCUUUCUGAUGAAGUUGACUGCCAGAUAGCUAUAUAAUGCAGAUACAGAUUGCUGCCAGCCAGAAUAAGCACCAGCGGAAGAUGUUGAUUAAACCGGUGGAGUUCGUUGUGGGUCGGACUCCUCCGGCAUCUCCCAGGGCUCCUCAGCUCGCACCAUAUGGCGUACACUGAACGUGUUAGAGGCAUUAAAAAAAAGGAGAAAAAGAGAUAGAGUUGGGAUAAUUAAAGCCAUGUCACGCAGAUCUGGAUUUGAGUAUGCCAGGAGGUCACAGAGUGUCAAAUCUGUUUACAGAUGGCCAGGCUUAUUAAGGCAGGAGAGUCCAGAGCUUUUCCUGCUACAGUUCACACAUUUACAGCUCUGAUGCUACUCUGCUCUCCUACUCUGUCCUCUCCUCCACACCUCUCUCCAUCACCCUCAAGUUGGUCUUGAGAGCUUACGUUUCCCUCAAGUAUCAUCAUUAUCACCCUGUGCGUCCAUCACUGUCAGGUUGGGGGUUUUUUUCCCACAAAGGGCCAAUUAGAUUAUCUAACAAUGUCUCAAAAUUAUGUAAAAUGACCACAGACUGCAUAUUGUUGCCAUGAGUUGUUCUUGUUCAAACAUGCAAUGAAACAGCUGAGAUCUGACAUGUCAGGGGAAAAACAAAGUAAACUUGUAAAAGUCUUUACAACACCACUUAACUAACAGUUAUUUUUGUCAAGUAAAAUAAUCUCAGUAGAAGGAUAGCUGAUGUUCAAAGAUGGUAUCCAUAGUCAAGUUCCUUUCUCCACUUUUUUCUUCCUCUUUAGUUUUUCUGCAUACCAUCAGUAUAAUAGCAGAUAGUAGGACGUCUUCCUCCCUCAGAAGAGUCCAUUUGCUGCCCCAAAAAUAAAAAGUGCUCCAGAGAUCAAGAUAAUUCUUCACAGUGACAAUGAAACAAUUUGGUUUAUGUGAAGAGAAGCAAGUCGGCUGGAGCCCUUAAAGAUAUUGGUGUUCCCCAUCAAGGUCAGGGUUGAUAUUGGAACUCUAAAGUUUAGUGCAAUCUACACAACUUUACUUGUCCCACAAAAAAAAUGUUGAGAUCUGAGACAAAAGCCUUUCAGAAGCCACAGAAUCUGUGCUUUUGCCUUGAGUUGAGUCUUGAGUUGUGAGAAACGUCGUUGUGAGCUGUCCAAGGCAUUGUCACAGUUUUAUCAUAGC